AUGUCUGAUCUAUCGGAAUCAAUAAAGGCCAUAAAGGAAGCCUCCAAAGAAGACCGAUUUACUUAUCUUACCAUCCUCCAAUACCAUGUUACCUCUCCGGAAAUCCUACCGACCCUGAAUGAGGUCCUCCAAGAUGCCGAUCUCACCCAAGAAAUCGGUUGGGACCUGGUACAGAUGUUACUAAAUAUCGACGGCUCAGAGACGUGUCUUGAGACGGUGGCCCGCUUGGGAAACCCCCGCGAGGUCGUCAUUAAGGUUAUGGAAGCGCUAGAGGGUCUCACCGUCGCCUGGCAUGAUGAAGUAGUGGUUGAUGUGCACGACCCCGGAGUCAUUCCAGACUCCAAAAUACCGGCCAAAUUCAUUACGCUGCUUGGCAUGCUCGCCAUUCUUCAUCAGCGUAUCAAGACGAAGUACCCCUCUCGAUUUCUGGGGCCAUCGCUGGUGAAGGUGUUCGAAGCUUACCAGCCCACACCCGAGAUGACUGCAUCCGUAAUAAAUCUAGUCUAUUCGCUCUCCGGCCGUAAACGGCCCCCUCUACCCUCUAGGACAUCCAGUAUCAACGUGGCCAAUCCUGACCAAGAUGGAGACGUUUCUAAGAAUGCACCCGAUCCCGAAGCUGAACAGGAGGACCCGCAAGAGGAAGCUAUGCAGCGGAAGCUGCUGCAAGCUUUCGUCACGUGUAUCUUGCAGCGUUAUGUAAAUGCACACGAUAUGCUAUGGUCACCCCGGCUGCUUGAGGUCUACAACCCCAAGAGGAAUGUCCCAGGUAAGAAGACGACGAUCGAGGCGUUUCGGGAGAAUGAGGUGUUGCAAAAGCGGGAUGCGAUAGUAGGACAGCUUGUUGCCGUACUACGCGAUCUUGGUUUAAGUAAUUGCUCGAAACAGUUCGUAAAGAGUAUAGUCGAGGGCCCAGUACAUAGAGAUCCCCUUGCAGCUUUCAAUGACUUCUCCUCAGUCGAUGAUAUACACUUUUCGCCGGGCGGGUCCGUGUGUCUCAUCGCUUACUGGCUGUUCUCAAGGGACGUCUUCGACUCGGAUAGCCCGUGGCCUGAAAUGCACAUAUUCCCAGAUCACGCUUCGAUACUUGGAAGAUUUCUUGGCAAGGAUGUACAGUCUGAGAUUCUUGCUAGUCCGGGGAUUGCCGAUGCUUUACUCGCCAUCGGACUUGGACUCGAACAUCGCAAUCUAAUAAAAGCCGAAGAUCAUACAAAUCUAAUGGCCUAUCACCAUAAUUUGACACUCGUCUCAGUGUUUCAUCCGGACAUCCAGGUCAGGAACGCUGCUACAUUUUUGGCCGGUACUCUCCUCCACUCCGAGCCAGACGACCACACCCGGCUGGAAAUUCUCGAGGAUCUGUUAGAAAAUUGCAUGUUUGCGUCACUCAAAGCAUGUGCGGUUACGUGGUUAAAGGAGGAACUCAUCGCUGCGAAGCAAAACAAGCGAUCCAACCAAUUCUCUUCUCCCGACGUCAUCGAACGGCUACAAUACUUCUUAUUCCCAGACAUGCUGUCGCUAAACGAAUCAAACACCGAGGCACUCAUCGAGUUCUGGGCUCAAAACCACCUAUUCCUCCUCCAAGUCGCGAACUUCGCCUACUUCCUGUUCACCGGCCUGCAGGAGCUCGUGCCGGCCGGAAUGGGCGCAGCGGUGGGGCAGCGCUUUGUGGAGCCGUUGUUAACCGCGGCGGAGAAGCUCGGAAAAGCGGAGGGCCUGGAUGGCGAGGACCGGAUGCAACUUCGUAUACUGACGGAUCGGCUUCGCAGUCUCGGUCUGCAAUAA